AUGAAAAUUAUAUUCUAAAUUUUGUUAGCCAUUUCGUUGGCUUGGUUUUGGGUCAGUGUCGAAGACCGUGUCACAAGAGCACUAAGAAUCCUCAACAGCAACACCGAUAAGCCCUUGAAGAAGAAAAUCCUUUUUGCAUUUUCAAGCGAUGAAGACAUUCAAGUUUAAGCGAUAACUCUGUUAAGAGAGUUAGGAUGCAGCAAAGAGGAUAGAAAUUAGAAGAAUAUCUGCAGUAGCAUAUUAUUUCACUUCGAAAAUGGAUUGGGAUCCGAAUUGCAUGUUACUGAGGGUUUUGACAAUAUCGUGUAAAUUUCUAAGAGAAUUUCUACAUCCAAGGAUUUGGGCGGGAAUGCAGCUCAAAUGGCUCUCAGAGCAUUCAAAGAAGGUGGAGAUGUCUAUUUGUCUGCAAUAAUGUCCAAUCAUUAUUAUGAGAAUUUGUUCAAUUCAUCAAUAUCAAUCAUCCCCUAGAGUUUUUUGAGGGAGGAAAUAAGGGAUGUGCAUAUUGUGAUCAAUUUCGAUGAAGGGGAUAUCUAUGAUACCAUAAUAUGUCAACAUACAAAUAGGUUGUAUUUGUAGAAUGAUUAAGACAAUAUGAGGUUCCCUGGUUUGGAAAAUUUGGAAGCAAACAUCAAUUCAAUACACCCCGACUUAUUGGUGAUUGGGGGAUUUCAAUUGAUGAAUCAGAAACCAAAAAAGGAAUAUUAAGAAAUCAUUUUAAAAUUAGAAUAGAUCUUGAUUGGAUAGAAAAACAAAUUGAAGAUUCACUUUGAAAUGGGGGCUUUUAAUGAUGAAAAUCUAUUACUUUACUUAAUUGAACACAUAUUCCCACAUGUGCAUUCAACAGGAAUGAAUGAACAAGAGCUUUAAUUAUUAUACAAUUUCAUAACAAAAAAGUAAUUGGAAUAACAAUAAAUUAAUACCAACUAAUAAUUAGAAUUAAUUAUUAAGCUAUUUUAAGAAUUGAAUUUAGAAAGGGUUCAUUUUCAUUCCUAAACUAUUCAAAUGAUUUGUUCGAAUCAAAAUUGGAGAGAAAUUAAGCCUGCAUUACAUCGAUCUAUUCUAGUUGGAUUAAUUCAAGCGAUGAAAUCCUACAAUGACAAUUAAAUUGACUAAAAAUAUUUAAACGUGACUCAUCUUUAAAUGGCCUUAGAAGAAGAAGACUUGAUUCUAUAUCCAAGUAACACCGUCUUGAAUCAAGAUUAUUUAAUUGAGGAAAUGAACUUCUGUUGGCAUUUAUAAGAUCAACUUUAACAUCAAUGUUGCCUUGCUCCUGUUUUAAUCAACCCACACCCAAUGAGAACUUGUGGAUUAGGUGAUAAUAUAGGAAGCACGUCCUUAUUGUAUUAAUUAAAAUGA